CAGACAUAGACAUAGAUUUAUUAUUUCUAACUAGAAGAAACAAAAGACCAGAUUUGUUUAUGUUUCUUCUUCUUCUUCUUCCUCCUCUGUUUCGAAUUCAAUUCUUUGAUCUGUUUCAGUCACCGUUUCUCCACUUUCUACGAAUAUAUUUCCAGAUAUCUUAACUCCCAUCUUUUUUUUUCCUUUUUUCGAAAAUUUGAUUUGAUCCUUUGUUACAAAAUUAGGAAACUUUCUGAAAGGAUAUGGAUUUGUGCUUGAAACAAACAGAUUCUCUUUGAAAUCAUUCAUAUGAAUGUUUCCCUAAAACUUUAAUUUUUUUGGGGAACAGUUCGAAUUCGCACUGUGUGAAGAGAAAAGAUUGGAUUUUUUUUUUCUUUGGUGAAAAACAAUGGCGAGAGGAGGGAAAGAGGAAGGAGAAAAGCAUAUAGGGUUACUAAAGCUGGCUCAAACGCUUUCAUUUUUGCUUAUUUUCAUGGCCGGAAUCAUCAUCGGCCUCGCCGCUAGCUCUCACAUCGAUCGCUACUUCAAUUCCUUGCCGAGGAUGUUCUCGUCAUCAACCCAUCUACAAACGAUUCCAUUUUCGACUACUCCUGAUUACUCCAAUUGCACAGUCAUCCACCGGGAUUGCACGGGGAACGACGAGAACGACGAGAACGACGACGACGGAGGAGGAGGAGGAGGAGUCAAGGCGGAGAAACCAAAGGUUCGAGAUUGUUGGAGCAUUGAUGGGUUUGUUCGGCCUGAGAAUCUCACUCAUGUGAUGACUGAUGAUGAGCUGUUCUGGAGAGCUUCGAUGGUUCCGGUGAAGGAGGAGUAUCCGUACGAAAGGGUUCCUAAAGUGGCCUUCUUGUUUCUGACCAGAGGGCCUUUGCCUAUGCUACCGUUGUGGGAGAAGUUUUUUAAAGGCAAUGAGAAGUAUUUAUCUGUUUACGUUCAUACUCCUCCUGGAUAUGACAUGAAUGUCUCUCGUGAUUCUCCGUUUUACGACCGGCAGAUCCCCAGCCAGAAAGUUGAAUGGGGAUCCCCACUAUUGACAGACGCAGAGAAGCGUCUACUAGCUAACGCAUUGCUGGACUUCUCAAAUGAGCGUUUUGUGCUUCUCUCAGAGAGCUGUGUCCCAGUCUACAACUUUUCAACUGUCUACAGUUACCUAAUAAACUCUGCUUACAGUUUUGUGGACUCUUAUGACGAGCCAACGCGUUAUGGACGUGGCCGUUACAGCCGGAAGAUGCUCCCGGAUAUCAAACUCCAUCACUGGCGGAAAGGGUCUCAGUGGUUUGAAGUAAAUCGUAAAAUCGCCAUCUACAUCAUCUCAGACUCGAAAUACUACUCACUGUUCAAACAAUUCUGCAGACCAGCUUGUUACCCGGACGAGCAUUACAUCCCAACUUUCUUGAACAUGUUUCACGGUUCAAUGAACGCGAAUAGAAGCGUGACAUGGGUUGAUUGGUCCAUAGGCGGUCCGCAUCCAGCUACAUAUGCUGCAGCUAAUAUCACAGAAGAGUUUCUACAGUCAAUAAGGAAGAACGAGACGGAUUGUCUUUACAAUGACGAGCCAACUUCGUUAUGCUUCCUAUUUGCUCGCAAGUUCUCUCCUUCUGCCUUAGCUCCUCUUAUGAACCUGAGCUCUACUGUCAUGGGAUUUUGAGAAAAACAAAAAUUCAUUUCUCUUCUUCUUCUUCUUUCUACUUUUUAUAGGGAUGAGAUGAGGUUCUUCUACGAGAUAUAUAUAUACAUAGGACUCUUUUUCUUUAUUUUUUUGGUUAUUAUUAGUCUCCUUUGGUUAUGAUCUCUUCAUUCUAUUUAUAGAGAUGAUCGUAGUAAAGGUCAAGCCUUUUUUUUGUAUGUAAGAGCUUUACUUGUGCCGACGACCUGCAGAGCUAAUCUAGUUUUAUAGAUUACGAAUAUAGUAUAUUCUUUUUCAUCACUUCAUUAAUUACUGACAUUCGAAUUCCAUUACCUUUUAGAAGCCAUUGGAAACUUCAAGAGAACAUAAGGGGUAGGAUAGUGAUUUAGCAAACCCUGUGAGAUCCGAAUCUUCCUUCUCUCAACAAAUACCCUCUCAUCGCCAGCCACCACACACAGGUGUAGCCCUAAAAUUUUUGUUUCUUGAUACAACUUACAAGACUACGGUUAGGUUGAUAAAGUGUUUUCUAUAUAUUAUUAGGGUUUUGAUUAAGUGGUAUCAAGGCCUAUAUAAUAAUGGUCUCUAUUGAUUAAUGAGAAGGGAAGCCCCAAGAAUUAAUCGAGAUAGAGAAUUAGGGUUAAUACAUCUUUCUAAAUUCUCAAGCAAACAAAGGUUCAUAACAUUUCUCUUUCGAUCGGAGUCAUGGCAACGUACUACGAUGCUGACACGUGCGUGUUCUGGGACGUCGUUGAUUUCCCAGUCCCUGAGGAUCGCAUGUUGGACUCGUUUCGUAGUAAAGUCGAACGAGCGCUUCGGAUGGAGGGGUAUAUUGGUAAACUGGAAAUCCAGGCUUAUGGUGGUGCAGAUGCAGAUAGGAUGGAUUUUCUCUGUGCCAAAAUGCAGCUUGUACAAAACGCGGCUGAAAAACAUGUGAGACUCAGUAGGAUGCAACUGGACAUACUUUACUGGGCAUUCCGUUGUUAUCAUGACGAACUAGAACAUAACGAGACAAACUUCCUCGUAGUUGCUAAAGACAUCCCAGGGAAAGACACGGGUUUUCUCAAUCUUCUUGAAACUUUGACAUCCAGAGGUUACAAUGUUUUCCUGGUAGUGCCUGAUGACGUCCCUCUAGAACAAGUGCCACGUACUGACACUGUAGCCUUAGUAUGGCGUUGGACAAAUCUGUUCGAUGGUGGCUUUCCUAUCCUAGACUAUCUUGGUCCGGAUACAUCAAGUGAUGAGGAGGAUUGUGAUGAGGAGGAUUCUGAGAAACUUGUCUAAGGAUACGUGAUGGUCCGGAUUCCUCAGUUGAUGAUGAGGGGGCCAAACGUCAGAGGAAAGGUGAUGGUGGUUCUCCCAUGAUAGUUGAAGUGGGAAUUGCAAAGACAUGAAUGUCAUAUAAAACAUAGCCUCUAACGGAUGUUGUUUGUAUCAAUUUUGUUUUCUUGUGACUAUCUAUAUAUCCUCUGAAAUUUCAUGACGAUUUCGGA